GAUUCCGGGAGGUGCUCCUCACGUGGUUCGGCGAAGGGGAGUCUCCGGAAGGCGGAUCGCUUCCCCGGCGCGGAAAAUGAGGGUGAAGGUGCUGAGCAGGAACCCGGACGACUAUGUGCGCGAAACCAAGCAGGACCUUCAGCGGGUUCAACGGAAUUAUGAUCCUGCGUUACACCCAUUUGAAAUUCCGCGGGAAUACACAAGGGCGCUAAAUGCAACUAAAUUAGAUCGUAUAUUUGCAAAACCUUUUGUUGCAUCAUUAGAUGGUCAUCGGGAUGGAGUUAAUUGCAUGGCUAAACAUCCACAGAGCUUGUCUACAGUUCUGUCUGGAGCAUGUGAUGGAGAGGUUAGAAUCUGGAACUUGAUGAAACGUGUGUGCGUCCGUACAUUGCAAGCGCAUGAGGGCUUUGUAAGAGGAUUAUGUACUCGUUUUUGUGGCACCUCUUUCUUCACUGUGGGUGAUGAUAAAACAGUGAAGCACUGGAAAAUGGAGGAGCCAGCUUAUGGGGAAGCAGAAGAGCCAAUAAAUACCAUUCUUGGAAAGACGGUGUACACUGGAAUUGAUCAUCAUUGGAAGAAACCUAUAUUUGCUACUUGUGGUCAUCAAGUUGAUAUCUGGGAUGAGCAGAGAACUAGUCCUUUAUGUUCUUUGACUUGGGGAGUCGACAGCAUAAACAGUGUUAAAUUCAAUCCAAUUGAGAUGAAUCUUUUGGGAAGCUGUACUUCAGACAGAAAUAUUGUGCUGUAUGAUAUGAGACAAUCAACUGCUCUAAAGAAGGUUAUUUUGGAUAUGAGAACAAAUACACUUUGCUGGAAUCCCAUGGAAGCUUUCAUUUUCACUGCAGCAAAUGAGGAUUACAACUUAUAUACUUUUGAUAUGCGGUUCCUUGGCAAGGCUUUAAUGGUUCAUAUGGACCAUGUAUCAGCAGUCCUGGAUGUGGAUUACUCCCCUACAGGAAAAGAAUUUGUGUCAGCCAGCUUUGAUAAAUCUAUUCGCAUUUUUCCUGCAGAUAAAGGUCAUAGCAGAGAGGUCUAUCAUACAAAGAGAAUGCAACAUGUCAUCACUGUCAAAUGGACAUCAGACAACAAAUACAUUUUGUGUGGCUCUGAUGAAAUGAACAUUCGUUUGUGGAAAGCAAAUGCUUCUGAAAAGCUGGGUGUGCUUGCUCCUCGAGAGAGAGCUGCUAUUAACUACAAUCAAAAACUGAAAGAAAAAUUCCAGCACCAUCCCCAAAUCAGACGUAUAAAUCGCCAUCGUCACUUACCAAAGAUCAUUUAUAGUCAAGCCAAAGAGCUACGCAUCAUGAAAGAAGCUCGUCGUCGAAAGGAACUGAACCGUCGUAAACAUAGCAAGCCUGGAUCUAUGCCACUUGUGUCAGAAAAGCAGAAGCACAUUAUGGCUGUAGUGAAGUAAUCAUACAUGAAAUUACUAGUGGUAAUAAAUUCUUAUGGAUGUGAUUUAUAUGUGACUUACAUAACUUUGUUACAGGAUAUAACACAAAGCUCUGCUUUUUGAUAUUUUGAAAAUAUUAAUAAACUGAGAUGUAUGGUU